UUGAUUGUAAUUUACAGUAAUUUAUAAACUUGCAAUGUUUUAUAAAAUGUAAAUACACUUGUGACGUAAGAAUUCACCUUCCAGUUUUAUCCAGUGUGUAAAUCAGUGUAAAUCAUAUUGUAAACAAAUAAAUCAAGAUCCAAUUUAAUUAAAAAAUAAAAUAAACAAACAAUGUCUCUCUACGAUGAUUUUGAUAAACACAGAGCAUCUGAUAAAGUUGCUGGUUGGUCAUCAGGUAUAAAAUUACUUCAAUCACAAUUACAACUUAAAAAAGCAGCAGUCACACAGCCAAAACGUGAACAAUUUCGUAAAGUAUCAACUGUACUACCUCCAGUAAUUGAUUUAAAAACAAAAACAACAAAUAAUGAACGUAUUAGUGAUGAUGAUAAUAAUACAUCAACAAACAUAUUUCCAUCAUCAACGACAACAUCAACAACAACCUCCACAAUAUCACCAACAACAACAACAGCAGCAGGACCAACAACAGAUACAAAUUCAUUGAUUAAUAGUGAAUUUGAUUGGAAUGUUGUUAAUGAAUAUGAUCCAAUGUGGCCAAAUGAAUAUGAAAAAGUUGUCAAAGAAUUACGUGAUUUACGUGAUCGUGAAUAUGAUCAAGAGAGUGAACAACGUAAACGUCGUAGAGAUUUAUUACCAAAAAAUGAUGAUGGUCAAAUGAUGAUGGGUAAUACAAAUACAAUGAUUGCACCAGAUAGAGAUGAUGAUCGUUUACCACCAUCAAGAAAUAUGAGUGGUGGUGCUGCAAUUGCACCACCACCAUCAUUAGUUGAUACUUCUGAUUUAUCACAAGCAACAAUUCCAUCAUCAUCAUCAUCAUCACCAGCUACACCAGCUAGAACACCUGGUAUGGGUUAUGCAACAUCAUCAGUUGCUGCUAAAAUAAUGGCUAAAUAUGGUUUUAAAGAAGGACAAGGUCUUGGUAAAAAAGAACAGGGUAUGUCUGUUGCAUUACAAGUUGAAAAAACAAGUAAACGUGGUGGUAGAAUUGUUGGUGAACGUGAACAAUUAAUGCCACCACCACCACCAUUUGUACCAUCACCAGCAUCAUCAUCACAAACAGCACAAUCUGAAGAACCAAGUAUUACAGAAAUUAUGAAAUCACCAAGCAAAGUUGUUUUAUUGAGAAAUAUGGUUGGACCUGGUGAAGUUGAUGAAGAUCUUGAACCAGAAGUUAAAGAUGAAUGUAACACAAAAUAUGGUGAUGUUAUAAGAGUUUUAAUUCAUGAAGUUAUGGAUGUUGUACCAGAAGAAGCUGUUCGUAUAUUUGUUGAAUUUAAAAGAAUUGAAAGUGCUAUUAAAGCUGUUGUUGAUUUAAAUGGUAGAUUUUUUGGUGGUAGACAAGUUAGAGCUGGUUUUUAUUCAUGUGAAAAAUUGGAUAAUUUACAAUUAAUGGAUUAAAUACUUGAAUAAUUAAAUAUUUAUAAUUUUAUAAUCAAAUGUGUAUAUUUAAUAAAAAAAUUUUUUCUUUUUGUCAUUUAAAUA